AUGGCAUCGAUGGAUUUGCUGGCUCCUGCAUCCAGCCAGGUGCACAAGAAGACCACCAUCCCUUUGGUCUGCAACAUUUGUGCACGCAAGCCCAAAUUUAGUGACCUAUCUCAUCUCCUCACCCACAUCAGCAGCAAAGCUCAUCUAUCGACUUACUACAAGCUCAAGGUUCGCUCUGGCUCUGAUGAUGCUGAUCGCCAAUCUGUCGAGGACUACGACAUCUGGUAUGCCGAGAACGACAUCGAGUCUUUCAUGUCGGACCGCAUGAAGCAGAAGGAUGAACGCAAGAGGAUCAAGACUGAACCUCAGGCCAGCGGCCGAGUCAUCAAGAAAGAGUCUGACUCUCCAACCAUCACUCCUUUGUCGUCCUCCUACGAUGAUGUCUCGUCUGUGUACCCACACCCAUACGCUGCUUACGCACCGAUGUACAGCUGGGCUACUCAUCCGUAUCUGUAUCAUCAUGCCAAACAGGAAGAGGCUUCAUUCGACGAGGACGGCCAGCAGAUCCACCAUGAUCAAGCACUCACUGCAUCCAAGCGCCCGGCCAAGUCUCAAAUUCCUCACGUUGGAGAUGCCGAGGAAGACGAUACCAGCAAGCUCAAGGGAAUCGUGUGGCCAGGCAUGGGUCUGUUCGACGCUGCAACCCCGGAGUUGAAGAAGAAGCGUAACCAGAAGAAGGACGUCUCUGUCAAUGACCGUCUUGCUGCCAUGUCCGAGAUAGUCCAACAAAACGAGAUGAUCUUCAGUCCUUCUGGCAGGCUGUGCAAGGUCAGGACCAUUUCCGGUCAACCACAAGCCGAGGACGACGUGCUUCCCGGCGAAGAGCAGCCGCCACGCCCACCCAAGGGCAAGAAAGCCAUCAAGACAAAGCCUUUCGAAGACGGAAGCCCCAUCGAAGACAAGAAGCCACUCAAGAAUAAGAAUCCUGAUACCAUGCUGAAGUCUGUUGUCCGCGCAAAGCCCAAGAAGAGAGGUCGUAAGCAGAAAAUUGUUGCUAUCAUCGGCGCCGAGACACAAGAAGUUGAACCAAGCGAGGAGAAUGUGCCUCGCAGAACUGGACGCAACAAGCGCAAGAGGCCACGCACCUUUGACACUGAUGAAGCAGGUCAGGCCAAGGCUGGCGUGCAGGAGGCAACAUUCGAACAGCCGGCUGUCAUGACACACCUCACAUCCGGAUACCAACAGGCUCCCAUGUACGUCGCAGCGGCACCUAUGGGUUUCAGAAUUGCCGAACCCACAUACAUGAACAUGAACAUGAACAUCAACAUGGCGGGUCAGAGCUACUACCAAUUCCCAGCUGGACACAACAACCCUUUCACCUACGAACCGUCUCCCCUGCCCACAUGGGACCACUUUGGAUACGGCAUAGGUAGUAGCAUCGCCAAUCCUCUGUUCGCCGGCAUGUACGGAGGCAGCUUCGGCGAAGACGACGAGGACAACGAGGGUACUAUCUCGGCACCCGUCUCAGAUCCCAUCUCGGAACCCGCCUCGGAGCCCAUCUCUGAACCCAUCUCGGAAUCGUAG